AUGUCGAAUGUCAAACUUGCGAUACGAGUUCGACCUUUUACCGAGAGGGAAAUAAGAUCAGAGAAGGAUCGCGUGCCGGUUGUGAACGUGGUUGACAGUAACACUGUUACGAUAACUAAUAUCAAAGUGAGCGUAUCUGGAGCCGGCGACAGUCGUGAGCGUAUCAGGCAGUACUAUGCGGACUACACAUUCGACAGUUUCUGUCCUGUCACACACCCAUCUUAUGCAUCACAGGAGAAGGUUUUCGAAACCAUUGGCCAAGAAGUGAUAUCCAGCGUGUCACGAGGCUGUUCAGCGUGCGUGCUGGCGUAUGGGCAGAGUGCGACGGGCAAGACACAUACUAUGAUGGGCAAUGAUGCACAGCCCGGCUUGGUACCUCGACUCUGCAAGGCUCUUUAUGAACUGCAACCGUCUGAUUUCACAAUCAGUUUCUUAGAGAUAUACAACGAACGAGUGCAUGACUUGUUGUCCGGAGAAGUGCCGCUCCCUCCUUGCCAUUCGCUGCCACGACGGAGAGGAAACGCGCGCAAAGACCUGCGUGUACGUGAGCAUCCUUCCAGAGGACCUUAUGUUCAAAAUCUUCGUCGCGUGCUAGUACAAGAUGUAGAAGCUCUCCUGUCGCUGGUGGCUGAAGGCACUCGCCGCCGCCGCACCGCCGCCACUCGCCGUAACUCCACCUCAUCCAGAUCCCAUGCGCUGCUUGAAAUCACCACACCACACGCCACACUGCACCUCGCUGAUCUCGCUGGAAGUGAGAAAGCAAGUUGGGAGGGUUGUGGCGGCGGCCGGCAGAAAGAAGGCGCUAAUAUAAACAAGUCUUUGGUGGCACUCAGUAACGUCAUCUCUGCACUAGUAAACGGUGGGUCGGCGCGAGGCAAAUUCGUUCCUUACAGAGAUUCGGCGCUAACGUGGCUGUUGAAGGACUGUUUCACAGGUGGCGCCAGCACGUUUAUCAUAGCUACCGUGUCUCCAAGUGUCGUCUGCUACGGUGAGUCGGCGUCAACGCUACGUUGGGCCGCUCGAGCUCGUCAGCUCCCAACCCCUCGUAAUGUCAGCUGUGGAUCUCACGUCGCUACCCGAGCUGCCUUACAAGCACAGCUCAAUCAACUAAUAUCUGAACUCUCACGGAACCAUAUUCGAUAUGUACCAGAAACGGGUAAAAUCUUGUUCGAUGAAGAACAUUGGGCACCAAGAACAACUGAAAAUGAAAAUUUAAAUAAAGCAGCAAUCAUAGGCAACAUUAUGAAUAUUGCGCGUCUUAAACCUGACGCGACCAACUCUGAGUCAACUGCUUCGUCAGUCGCUAGCGGCAGCUCAGAUGUCAUCAACGCCGUGGACAAGAAUUCGACAAUUGCAAGUGAGAUUAAUAAAGAGAUGGACAAAUUGUUUGGGCCUGCCCUGGAAAGAGCGAGCAGCGGAGAUGACUUUAAAGUUAUUGCUCCACUAAGGCAUAAAAAAAGACAAUUUAGAUCUCAAGAAGUUUUAGCAAAUGAAGAUAUGCCAACAGUAAGCCAAAGCAGUAAUUUGGUGACUACUUUACCCAGCCAAAGCGAAGCUAGUAUAAAUGAAGCGCCAAACACCGAUAAAACCAAAGUUCCUCCAAUAACUAUCCUGCAUGACAAUCAGAGAGCAGAAAUAGUUGCAUCAGUGACAGAACGACUUUACACAAAACUAAAAAAGAAGGAAGAAGCUGCGGUCUCCAAAGUAGAAUCAAUGGUAGACAGAAAAAUAAUGGAACCAUUAAGUGAGCUAAAGAUCUGCACAAAUGCACGCCAGAGACUUAUGGAGCUAAGUCAGAAAGCUAUACGCAAUAAAAGAAGGAUAGGAAUACCAGCACACACACAAACAAGAAUUACGGUGACUCGUGUAAAAGAUCAAGCUGUUGACGUGCAAACAGAUCUUUAUUCAUAUGUUCCCAGAAAUAGACACCCUUAUGCAUUUUGUCGAGACGUAGCUACUGAGACAGUGCCAAUGACACCCCGUUGUAAAGAAAUAGCCGUAGGACCAACGGGAUCACUUGAUUCAAGUGACAUGUCUACAGAAACGAAGAGAGUUAAUUAUAAAAAUUCAUAUGUGAUGACUGAUAUCGUAACUAAAAACGAACGAUGCACUCAAACGAUCAUUGUGCCACCGCCUAGACGAAGGAAACGUUCAGCUGCAUCAAAACACAUUUGUUGUAAAGAAAAUCAUAACUUAUCAGAAGAAUGUAUUUCUGCUCCAGUAAUAAGUAUAAAUAUCUCACAAGUGUAUCCUGUAGAUACUGAAUCUCAAAGUUCAGAUGAUAAUUCUGAAAAAUUAAACGUUAACAGUAAAUCCAGUGUUGUGACAAGUACUCCAGAUCUAUUAACAAACCACAAUACAAUUGACCCACAAAACGUAAUUGAUAUAAAGGAAGAUGAAAUCUGCGUUUUGGUUAAUGUAGCAGACGAAAGAAAAGUUCCUAUAAUCAUUCAAGAUGACGAUAAUGGGAAAUCGAUCGAUUCUGUAAAGCAUUAUGAAGAAUUUCCAGAUACAGAAGAUUUCACCUUGCCAAGAGUAAAUCCUAAUUCUGUAAAAAGUAAUUCUUCUGAGAUCAAAAACAUGAUUCUAGGACGAAACCAAAAUAUGUAUCCUUACAAUAUAAUAUUAUCACCACCAAAAGAAAGAGAUUCCAAGCGUAUAGUUACAUUCAAAGAAAAUCACGCAGACAAAACGAAUGAUACUGCUUCAGGCUCUAGGAAUGUGGAUGAAACAAACGAUAGCACAACAAAUAGACAUGAAAGUACUUCCGAUAUGACAACAUCUGAUAAAGAUAUUCCAUUAGAAAAGGAUUUUGAAAGCGUGUAUUCCGACUCUACAGACUCGAGCAAAGUAGACACUGACUCUUUCAUCUGGAAACAAGGCAGUAGCCGGACAAUGGGAUGCUUGAAGAAAAAUUACGUUCCCGUGUACAAAAGUUCAAAAUACAAAACAGCAAAAGGGAGAGGUUACAAAGAUGUUUUGGGAUUAGAAUCUGAAGGUCAUCAAUUAGGUCUUAAUAGUUAUGAAACUCGUGAAAACAUUAGAGAUGUCAGCUCUAGCGAUAGUAGAGAUACAGAUAACAGUUCGGAAUACAAAAGCAGAAGAUGCAUGUACUCUUUCCAUCAGCCUGUGUUGUCUAUACAUGAUCCAGAUAUAGCCAAGUUGUUGUUGAUAAAGGACUUUGAUAGUUUCCAAUCGCGAGGUACAUAUGCCGGUGGAGUGGGAGAUCCAUUGGCGGCGAACUUGUUCAAUAUCUUUGGGAAGAGAUGGAAAACCUUAAGGUUGAAGAUGACACCAACCUUUACGCCUGGGAAACUAAAGACAAUGUACCCAAUCGUUGAGGAUAUAGCCAAACAGGCUUUAAACUACGUGGAUGUGUUACACUCAAAUGAGGAAACGGUUAAUUUCACUGAUUUCUAUUCUAAAUAUGCGAUGGAGAUUAUCGGGAACGUUGGUUUUGGUGUGGAAUGCAACGGUUUUGUAAAUCCUAAUUCCGAGUUUUACAUAAGAGGACAUGAAUACUUUGAUCAUCAGUCUCAUUAUUGGAGACUAAUUCGCGCGUUUGCAUUUUUCGCGCCAGACACGUUUGACAGUUUGAAGAUCAGACGAAUUAGUUCGAAAAUUGAGAAUUUCUUCUGUGGCAUUGUCAAGAGGACAGUGGAAUACCGACAGAAGCACUCUGUUACACGAAACGAUUUCUUACAAACACUUAUUGAAUUAAAAAAUGGCCAUGUUGUUGACGAACAAGGGGACGUGAAAUAUUCAAAAACAAAUUUUCCAUUCACAAUGACUGAUGUAGCAGCCAACACCAUGUUGUACAUGAUCGCUGGUUACGAGACCUCAGCCACUACUGGCCAAUUUGCAGCCUACCAACUAGCUCUGAACCCUCACAUUCAGGCCAGAGUUAGGAAGGAGGUUGACACAGUACUCGCCAAAUAUGGAGGCGAGUGCACUUACGAAGCUCAAAAUGAAAUGGUCUAUUUGAAUAUGGUAUUAGACGAGACGAUGCGGAUGCACCCGUCAAUGCGUGCCCUAUUCAGGAGAUGUAACAAAGACUAUAAAUUGCCAAAUAGUGAUCUGGUCAUAGAAAAAGGUACGAUGGUGUUCAUACCGAUACACGCUAUACACAUGGACCCGGACAUUUUCCCUGAGCCAGAGAAGUUUGACCCAGAAAGAUUCUCACCUGAGAACAAAGCCAAGUUACACCCCUGCCAUUGGAUGCCGUUUGGAGAAGGACCAAAGAAAUGUUUAGGUAUAAGACAAGGAUAUAUACAGUCAAAGAUGGCUUUGAUAAAGGUGCUGCACAAGUAUGAAUUGAUAUUGGAUAAGAGAACUGAGGUGCCAAUGAAGAUAAAGAACUCUUCACUUGUGUAUGCAGCUCAAGGUGGAGUGUGGCUGAAGCUUAGGAGUUUAGAGCCAGAAAAAACAAAUGUUUAAUUAUUGAUCAAAUAAUUUCAAAAUAGAAUUAUAAAGACGUGACUGAAAUCGUUGGUGGUUGUUAUGCAAUGCAAUUAAAAGCUCAGUUUAGCAGUAUGUAAACUACUAAAAAGUUUCUUAUCAAGG